UCCAUUUGUUCUCUGCCGCCCUAUUUCUCCAUUACACCACAGGGAUUGGAACUUCCAAAACAUGGGUCCUUAAUUCGUACACUUUCUAUUUGCAACCCCUGCCGUGUAUUAUCUUUGAAUCACAAACCGUCGUUGAUGUGCUUCUAGUUAUCUCUCUUUCGAUUUUGUUCUAGGUUUUGAGAUGGUUUUGCCCAGAUUUGUUCGUCCCAAAGAAGGAGAUAGCGAGUCAAGCCCAAACCUUUAUGUGGCGAACUGUGGUCCUGCGGUGGGACUUUCAUACGAUACCAUCGCAUCUGUGUUUAGCUUCUUUGGGGAGGUUAAGGGAGUGUAUGCGGCUGAUGAAAGUGGUGCUCGUGUUAUCGUUUCUUUUCUUGAACCAGCCUCUGCUCACUCUGCUUUCAAUGCCUUGAAUGGCCGGCCUUGUCCUCAGCUCGGCGGCCGGUCUUUGCACAUCCGUCAUUCCAUUAUGCAACCACCAUCUUCCAGGGUCGAUGACUCUGUUCCAGUCUCGUUAAAAGCUCCGGAUUUAAAUAUUCCAGGACUCUACUUGUUCCAUGACUUCAUCAGUGCUAUGGAAGAGGAGGAAUUGCUUCGAGCAGUCGAUGCCGGAACUUGGAAAAGCCUUUCCAAAAGGAGGGUUCAGCACUAUGGAUAUGAGUUUUGUUACGAUACUAGGAAUGUUGAUGCAAAGCGGCAUUUGGGUGAGCUUCCAGCAUUUGUUUCCUUUAUACUCCAGAGGGUUUCAUUACUUCAAGACAUUCCUGAGAAAUUGGAUUUGGACCAAUUGACGGUUAAUGAAUACCCACCUGGGGUGGGCUUGUCCCCACACAUAGACACUCACUCCGCAUUUGAAGGAUUAAUUUUCAGCCUUUCACUAGCAGGGCCUUGCAUUAUGGAGUUUAGAAGAUAUACAGCAGGUUCAUGGGUUCCUAAAUCUGUCUCAGUAAGUGACUUGAAAGACGAAAAUCCUUAUGGUUGCUCAGAGCUUUCUAGGAAGGCUAUCUAUCUUUCUCCUCGGUCAAUGCUUCUUCUAUCCGGGGAAGCACGAUAUGCUUGGCAUCAUUACAUUCCACAUCAUAAGAUUGAUAAUGUGAACGAAACAAUGAUCAGAAGGGGGUCACGAAGAGUAUCUUUCACAUUUCGCAAGGUAAGAAGAGGACCUUGCCAAUGCGAAUUUCCCCAAUACUGCGACUCUCAACCCCAAAGAUAAGGGAUGAUGCUUUUGUUGUGUUAACGUUGAGAUAGGUAUGGCUAUGCAACAGAGUUGAUUUUGUACGAACGUUGUGCUGAGAGGAUUGAUUUUUUUGUCGCAAACUACAGGAGCUGAACCAUUAAGUAAAAACCA